AGUCUAUCACAACCAUUGUGCGAUCCGUAUACCUACUCACCGCUGUUUCCAAUUUACUACCCGUCUUGUACUUUUCUCUCAUCCAUUCUGAUAUUUUAAUUUUGUUAUAACCGUUUAAUAAUCCAUCAUCCUGAAUUUACAGACACGCAACGUCAUAAUGAAGUCGAAAGUAGUUAUAGCGACGAUUUGCACCAUUUUCAUUACUUACAGCGAUGCAGAACUCAAACUAACGAAUCAGGAUUUUCUAGGAUUCAGUCCAUUAAUGGAUAAUACCAUAGACGUGUGUGGUUUUUCGGCAGAAAUCUCGAAUUAUUCUGUGAAAGGAGUGAGUUUGGAUUCAAAGAAGAUUGGAGGUUGUGCCUACACCAACUACACAAAAAAUGGUAUGGAGGUGAAAAAAUCAUUUAACGUGUGGCUAAGCGAUUUGCAGAGUGGCAAGCAACAAUGCGGUGUAGAGGGUAUGGAACAAACCAUUUUUUCAUGCUUGGGAAAGCCCAUAUUUCUAAAAAGUAACAAUUUUGGAACUCAGUAUGCACGUCUAAACGGCCGAGUUAUCAACAAGAAUGGAACAGACAGUAACAGAUGUGCCUUACUUGAGAAGGAAAUAGGUAGCUACAAGAAGUAUCGGUUGGUGAUUAGCGGGGACAAUUCAUGCACCGGCAUGUCAAGCUAUUUCACUGAUACUUAUCCGAGGAUCCAGAAAGGAUACAAGUUGCUGCGAUUCUUCGGAGAACCGAAAUACCAAUUUAGAUUCAAGCGGUCAAUAUCGAAUUCAACUUCCACUAUUAAAAACGAGAACUGGUUCUAUAUGUGGAUGUUGGGUUGAUAGGUUCUAAAUAGCUUAUUAAUCCCUAACAAUAAUAAUUUCUGUAUUUUUUUUUUAAAUUUUUUUUUGACAUCUUUUUUCUUUUUAA